AAUAAUAUCAUGACAUUCGUCAUAAUUUCUUCCUUUUCUUCGAACAACAUAGUUGCAAAUUGUAAUCAUGCAACAAGUUGAGUUAUUUUCAACUAUUUUGAAAUCUGAACUUUUGAACGAUUCAAAUUUUAUCAAUAUUUAUUAAUUGCAGUGACGCAGAAAUGAAAAUGCCAAAGCCAAUCAUCAAAUAAAAUGUCACAGCUCGAAAUCUUCUUUUUUCAGUUACCGGAAGGAUUGCCAAAAUUGUUCUUCUUCAAAAUUAGGAUUUCUGCGAAACUUCCGCAAUGUGAUACAUUUUACAAUUGAACUUGAACUUGAAAGAAAAUUGAAUUGACCAGUCAAUCUUAAAAAUGACUUGCGUCUCUUCGGGAACGUAUAAUAUUUUUUAAUGAACAUCGCCACAAAGAAGUCAACAGAUUACAGCAAACUUCUCUGGAACCCAUUCUCUUCUUGUCCUUUUUUCGAAACUUUACACUGUGAACCUAAUCUGAACAGUUCAAGUGAUGGCUAUUGCUUUAAAAGGAGUGACUGAAAAUUGUUGGAACACAGUCAUUCACCUGGUAGAAUGUCUUCAGCAACGUUUCUUUCGGUUAUGGCCGGUUUAUCCGGAAUUGUGGUAUUUGGAGCAUUGAUCUCUGUCUUCCAUAUUUAUUCCGACAUUAAUUCGUUUGUUGAAGACAGUCAUCGCGAAUUGGGAGAGUUCAAGGGCUUUGCCAAUGAUGCUUGGAACUCAAUGAUAAACCAGGAUGAUUCUGUCCGUAUGGCUCGUAGCGUCUUUGGUCGUCGUCGUCAAAAGAAGCAAUCUCAAUGCAAUUGUGGUCAACAAGCAUCCAAUUGUCCAGCUGGACCACCAGGACCACCAGGAGCAUCAGGAGAUAAGGGGCAUGAUGGACAACCAGGACAAGCUGGAAAACCAGGACAGCCUGGUGUUGCUGGGCCAUCUCAUCAUCAGAAACAAGAAUGCAUCAAAUGUCCACAAGGACUUCCAGGACCAGCUGGAGUUCCAGGACAACCUGGACCAAAGGGACCAAAUGGAAAUCCAGGAGCCCCAGCACAAGGUGGAGGUCAGGGACCACCAGGACCUCCAGGGCCAGCUGGAAGUGCUGGAUCACCAGGACAGGCCGGAGCUCCAGGAAAUCCUGGUAGCCCAGGAAAAUCUGGACAACGUGGACGCGGUCUUCCAGGACCAUCGGGUGCACCAGGACCACAAGGACCACCAGGAGCCCCAGGUCAACCAGGAAGCGGGAAUGCUCCAGGACCAGCUGGACCACCAGGGCCAGCAGGACCAAAUGGACAACCAGGACAUCCAGGACAAGAUGGACAGCCAGGAGCACCAGGAAAUGAUGGAACACCAGGAUCCGAUGCUGCUUAUUGUCCUUGCCCAACUCGUAGUUCUGUUCUUCGUCAUCGUAAUGUCAACCGUCAUCGUGCAGCUGCUUCAAAGAAGCGUGUUGUUGCCAAGAAGCGUGUUGCAAAGAAGCGUGUGGUUGCAGCUAGACGUCAUGUUCAAGCUUAAAAUUAUAUAUUUAUUCUAUAGACUCUUUCCAAUAAAAGUUUCUUUAAAACAAU